UUUUUUGAGGUUAUAGUUUCGUAACAAAUAAGUGGAGAAAAUUCUUGAGGAAAAUUCGUGAAAAUCCUUGUGAAUCAUGUCCGCGCAACCAUUUCUCCGCAACAUCUUCACGGAUAUCACGGCUGGAAUCCCAAAUUGUCAGCAUUAUGACAAAUGCGGGGAUUUUGAGGUGCAAAUGAUGGAAUGCCUGGAGGCGUACGGGACGGAUGUGGGCAGGACAAAGUGUGCUGAUAUCAUUUCGGAUUUCCAAGAGUGCGUCCUGCGGAAGAAGCAGAUGCUUCGUUUCCAUGCAAUGCGCAAUGAGCGACACCGUCAGUGGCUCACCGGAGAGCGCAGCAGUGAGGAACACUAUGCUCCACCACCGAGGGUUGACAGCUACUAGAGAUUCAGAGCUCCGGAAGCCCCUUUGCGAGCCUCCUUGAUGUUUCUUCAAGCCCCCCCAGAGGGGCGAUAGUUUGUAAAUUGUAUCCGGAAAGGUAAAUAGAUUUGAUUUUCUGGGAAA